AUGGUGCUCGAGGAGGAAGGUCCUCCGUUGCUUGUGGGCGUGCAGGACCUGGGCGGGGUGCUGGUCGUGUGGGAUUUCGACUGGAGCAUGAUCGAGGAGAACAGCGACACCUUUGUGCUCCGUCUCCUGGGAACCGAAGAGCUGUUUCGAGAGAACCAACGGUCGAUGCCGUGGACCGCUCUGAUGGACCACGUCUUCUCCGCGGCCACGUCCGACACCGGCCUCAACCGCAACCCCGACGACGUGUUCGCGGCCUGCGCACAGAUUCCCAUGGCGCACGGCGUGCCCUUCGCCAUCCGCUCCCUGCACGCCCGCGGCGCGACGCAGUGCAUCAUCUCCGACGCGAACGAGGUCUUCAUCGACAUGAUCCUCGAGCAUCUCGGCCUGCGCGACGCAAUCUACGAGAUCCACACCAACCACGCGCACUUUUGUGCGACGGGGAAAUCGCGGCGCCUCGCCGACGGCGCGCCGCAGCCCGCGCGCAGCGCAGCGCACGUCCUGCGCGUGCAGCCGUACCACGGCUGCAUGUGCGGCGUGCAGGCGCAGGGCGAGGGCGACACGACUGGCACGCCGGCGUCGAACUGCUGUGCGUGCAGUCCGUGCUGCGACGGCGCGCCCCCGGCGGACGCACGCGGUACCGCGCACGACUGCGACCUGUGUCCCGCGAACCUGUGCAAGGGGAGGGUGUUUCAGGGGGUGUUGCAUCGCUGGCGGGCUGCGAAGGGCGGCGGCGCGCGCCGCGUGCUGUACGUCGGGGACGGGACCGGAGACCUAUGUCCUGCGUCGAUGCUCGGCCCUGAGGACUACGUGCUGGUGCGCAGGAACUACCCAGGGCAGGCGCCGCCGGCGCCGCUGCUGCGGGCGAUACGGGCGAACCGGCGGCCUGUGGCGGCGCAGGUGGUGGAGUGGGAGCCGCAGGAGCUCGGGGAUCUGCUCCUCCAGCAUGCACGAUAG